AAGAAUUCUGGGUCAAGGUUCAUGAGUCUAGUUUGGUGGCUGCCCGAAUUGUUUCGGGAGCUUCGCUUUUGGGGCGCAUCCUCCGGUUGUCCUUGGGGCGGUAUCCUCCUAGCCAUAUUUGUUUGCUGCGCUUGGUGCUACCUCAUUGAGCGCCCUAUGUCAAGCAGACGCGGAAGAGCUGGUGCGGAAAAGUUCCGUUGGGAAGGCGUUAGCUGCAAUAGUGUUGCCUCUCGCCGGAGCCAGUGCAUCGGGCUCAGUGGAUUCAGCGUGCGCGUGUCAUUUGGUCUAUGUCAGACCAGGUGGGUGUUUGAUAGUGGUGCCAAACCAGCCAGAUGUGAUUGCAUGCCUCACCGAAUUAGAAUCAGAAGAUGGAACGGCCACUUUCGAGGGCCCCAUAGCAGUCGAGUCAAGUCGUGGUCAAGCACUAGGCACAGCAGAAGCUUGUCUGGUAGAUUUGCCUUGGGGGGUCAUCGGCAGUUUCUUUUCUGGCUCAACACUCAGAAGUGCUCGGUUCAAAAUGCUUCGCUUGUCCAAUUCGAAAUCGAAGGCCGAGUUGGUCGCCCAACCAAGUCCAGUGCGAAAGAUCUUGCAGAUACUUGGAUCGAUUCAGAAAUGGAUCCCGCAGCAGCCCAAGAAUACCACACUGCCGAAGAGGGUGCGGAGCCCGAGGAGCCGUGUCUCGAAGUUCCCCGUCACGGACUGGUGCAACCUCACCAGGAACAGGCCUCGGAGACAGAGGGCGACCUCACCAUGUUGUCCAUGCAACGGCGCAUCGCCGAACUGGAGGUGGAGUUGAAGAACCGAGGGCCAGCACGAGUCCCAAUGAUGCCUUCCCUUCCCAGCAAGACUCCCCCAUUGUUCAACUCACCGAGCCGUCCUUCAGUGCUGCUUCCCGAAGAGAUGCACCGGCUGCAACAGCUAGCCGGCGUUCCACCGCCUCGAGCAGCCUUGGCGGAGACUCGCAGGAAGUCAGUCAACUUCCCAGUGGAUCUGCAAGACAGUGCUUUGGCGGAGAGGAUGACUGCGAAGCUCAGUCCCUCAGAUAAAGUGGAUGACAUCAUGGGUAUCUUCGAGCUCUUUGACAAUGAUGCGACAGGCACCAUCUCCUUCGAGAACAUGCAGAACGUGGCGAGAAUCAUCGGAGCAAAAGAGUCGCCCCAAGAGAUCCAGGCGAUGCUCAGCACCUUGGAUACUGAUGGCGACAACGAGCUUGACCCCAUCGACUUCUACACUUGUUUGGUGAAUGGCAUGCGGAUCCGGAUGGAGGAAGAAGAUCGCCUGCAGCGGGAGCAAGCCGACUCGAUGAGGGAGCACAUGGAAAGUAUGGCCCGCUCGGGGCAGUCCCAGCGGAACAUGUCCUCGGCUGCGAUGUCCAUGGGCAAGUGA